UUCCCUUUGGGGGUGUGAAGUCUGUCCUUUCCCUCUCUAUUGAGAAGCCAGGGAAAGAACGAUCAUUUCGCGCCAUCUUCUCCUAUCCUUCUAGUGGAAGAUCAUGUAGAGGGAUGGAGAAGUUGUUGAGCGCCGCCACUGGCUUCAAGAGGCGCUUGUUGUUGUUGGCGGCGAAGAACGGCUUUUACAGGCGAUCGCUCAGCAGCUGCAAUGGCCGGAGGAGGGUGGUGGAUAUGGCGAUGGAAGACAAAGAGUUGAGACUGUUCGUGGUUGCAGGGGAGCCAUCCGGGGACGCCAUCGCGGCCCGUCUCAUCUCCUCUCUCCACCGGCUUUCUCCUUCCCCUCUCCGCCUCGCUGGAGUUGGAGGUCCCAUGAUGGAAAACGUAGGAUUGAAUUCUCUUUUUCGUAUGGAAGAUCUUGCUGUGAUGGGACUCUUGGAGCUGUUGCCUCAUUUGCGCAAGAUUAGGAUGAGGCUGCAGCAAGCCAUUGAAGCAGCUAUCCAGUUUCAGCCUCAUGCUGUCAUAACAGUUGAUGCCAAGGGCUUCUCCUUCCGCUUCCUGAAGCUGCUAAGGGAUAAAUGUAGCCUGGAACCAUGCCUGUCACCCAUACAUAUCCAUUAUGUUGCUCCAUCAUUCUGGGCAUGGAAAGGGGGUGAAUCUAGACUUAAAGCUCUGUCCGGAUAUGUUGACCAUUUGCUUUGCAUUCUCCCAUUUGAGGUAGAUGUUUUGAGAGCACAUGGGUUAGAUGCAACAUUUGUUGGUCAUCCAAUUCUUGAAGAUGCUCUAAAUUUCCAUCCGGAUAACGAGGCUGACGCACAACCAAUUCAAGUGAAGGUCCCAGGGAACGGUGCAUACUUUCGACAGAAGCAUGGAAUAUCUCCAGGGGCAACGAUUGUUACUGUUAUUCCUGGAAGCAGAGAACAAGAAGUCACCCGCAUGCUUCCGAUUUAUAUGAAUACUUUGGAGCUGCUAAAGGACUCUCUUCCAUCAUUGACGGUGGUUAUCCCUGUAGCUUCUAAUCAGCAUGUGCAAGGUUACCUUUAUAAACUUGCGCCAUCAUGCACCCUGCCCACAAUUUUGAUUCCAGGAGAAUCCGUUGCUGAAAAAUAUGAUGCUUUUCAUGCAAGUUCUGCUGCUUUAUGUACUUCAGGAACUGCUGUGUUGGAACUGCAGCUUGCGAGGCUGCCAUGUAUUGUUGCAUAUCGGGCACAUCUCUUGACUGAAUGGAUAAUCAGGCUUAAGACGAAGAUGCAUUUUAUUUCCUUGCCGAACAUCCUUAUGGAUUCACAGAUUAUUCCAGAAGCUCUUUUUUCUUCUUGUAAUCCCAUGGAGUUGUCCAUGUUGCUGAGCCAAAUCAUCCACGACGAUGUCAUUCGCAAGCAACAGAUUGUAUCUGCUGAUAAAGUCCUGAAUCUUCUUUGUCCCUCCAAAGAGAAUCCAAGCUACUCCAACUACAAGCAGUUCUUGUCUGCCGGUUCUGAUUUUUGUCCGAGUAACAUUGCAGCUUCUGCUGUAUUAUGCUCGGAAAGAAGGCAAAGAAAGGGACAGAGGAAAACUGGAGAAAGGAUCCACAGGAGAAGGAGAGCUCUAGAAAAGUAACCUCAUGCUUUCAAAGAUUGGAUGAAAUUCUUAUAGUCCUUGAUUAGCAGAUUACUAUGUGAAUUCAGCAACUGAAGGGAGACUAACUGCUGGAGCUGGGGAACCUCUGCGAAUCUCUGGGAAAUGCAGUGAUGCACUUAGAGAGAGAGAGAGAGAUUCUUUGACGGCCGUCAUCCAGAAGCUAAAGCUGCAUGCUACUUGUGAUGCCAAACUUUUUUGAAGCAAAAAAUUAAGUCCUUGUUUCCGAGCUCUUGGUGAUGGAUUCACAGUUUUAGCACUUCGUGGUGAUCUUUUCGUUAUGGAGCAAAAGAGUCCCUCAGGGGCGGUUUUGUUCUUCUUUCAAAAUUAUGGAGAAGGAUUGAUCAUCUCUAUGGGAUUAGAUCCUGAUUUCUUGGGAAGCAAAAUAAAAUUAAAUUAUGAGAUUAUUGAAGUAAA